GUUUUGGACAUUUAAAGUUCAACUUUACGUUAGGAGCCUGCUAGGACGCAGUAUCCGUGGACCUACGUAAUCCCAACCUCAAUUAGGAAACUCCACCUCAGCUUCUAGUUCUAACAGAUCUCAGCCCCAUAAUCGACUGAUUAGAAUUGUCUAUCUUGACUUUUACAUAUUUCUACUUAUAACAACCUAGUGAUAUAUAACGAGACGCGAAUAUGAGAAAAUCCGACCUAUUAUGAUGCUGCCGCCUUUGCUAUGGCUUCCGAUCCCCAAGGCGACAAGCGAUCGCUGAAGGAGUUUGAUGUUGGUCCUUUUGUGCUUCGUACUCUAUUCGAAGAUGUUCCGCUAUCCGAAGAUGGCACCAGGGACGACAUAAAGAUCAAUUGUGUUGAAUACCUAGAUGACCAUCUAUAUGUAGGCACAUCCGACUCCGAACUUCUUCACUUCUUCCAGAUACCCCCGGAUCCUGGAGACAAAUCUAGCGCCGCGACAUUCAUUCUCGCGUCGCGAUUGCGCCCUGCCUUUGCCGAAUCUGCGAGUACGUCGAACUUUACGCGACCUGGCGUUCAACAAAUUCUAUUACUGCCAACCGUCGGCAAGGCUUGUAUUCUUUGCAAUUGGACCGUUACUUUCUAUUCGCUCCCGGAGUUGAGCCCUGUCUUCGGUUCGACACAAGUCAAGAACUGUAACUGGGUUGGCGGUAUAGACCUUAAUGAGCUGAGCGUCGAUAACAAUGACCGAGGAGAACCCGCUAGUGUUACUAUACUGCUGUCGUUGAACCGGAAGAUUCAAGUCGUUAGUAUCGCCGAUGGAGCUCGUCCUAUCAAGAAGAUCGAUUUUGCCGGAAGCACGAUAUCCGUGAGGAGGGACUCGAUCGCAUGUGUAGCUGAUUCGCGAAGCUAUGCGCUGCUUGAAAUCAACCAGCAGUUAAAGAUCCCGUUGAUGUCCAUCUCGUCUCUAGAUGAGGCUGAACCUGGCGAUAUCGUUGGCCAGGCCCAACAUAUUUCUGGAAGUGCCGGUGGGCUGCUAAGAAGCAAUUCUUCCACCCAGUCUCGUUCCCAGACCCUGAGCCCUGAGCCCCCUGCUCAUAAACGAGGAACUAGCCUAGGCGAUUUCAUCACAGGCGCUACCCGGAGGCAGGAACAUCGGGCUAGCGAGGAUGAUGAGCCUAUAUCCCGAGGGGCGACUCCACCCGUAAUGGAGGCAGGUCAAAGGACACCUGAUGACUCAGCGCCAGAUGGCACAACUAAGGGCCAAGCAAGCCGACCGGCUCUACCUAGUAAACCGCAGCCGUGCUUUCUCAAACCGCUGAUCGUAUCCCCCACACCAGAAGAAUUCCUCCUAGUUACAGGCACAGGUCCAUUAGAGCCAGGCAUUGGGAUGUUCGUAAACCUUGAUGGAGAUCCAACCAGACCUACCAUUGAGUUUGAUCGAUACCCUAAGGAGGUUGUCGUCGAUGGAGGGUCUGUAGACAUCUCUUCAUCACGAACUUCACUCGGCCCAGAAGACGAGGGGUUUGUCCUUGCAUCAAUGGGAAGAGAUUUUCCUGAUGGCGUCCAUUACGGUUUAGAGAUUCAACGCUGGGAUGCCGACGCGGCUACUGAAGGUGACGUGGCAAAACACUGGCUUGAACCACCAAAUGUUGGCACCGUUGUCAAUUCUCAGCAAAGCAUAGGGAUAAGAUCCUUACGUGGGACUCAAGACACAAGCUUCUCCGAGAUCGUAGAUAAAUUGUGCCGACGAAGAUUUAAGCCGUUUGGCUCAGGUGGCCUAGAUACUUCGACCAUGUCACUACGAACUGUUGACUCGCGAACAGCAUCUUCUAUGGAGAGGCUUUCUAAAGAAAGGGAGCUCUUUGAAAGAGAUACCGAUUCUUCAAGUGAAGACUUCUUCCCAGAUUCCUGGCAAGCUACACGCAACGCCGAAGAGCAAGAGUUCGCUCGUCGCCUUGCCGGAGCCACAGCUCGUUUAGCUGUGUGGUCUGGGAAGAACAUAUGGUGGGCCGUUCGAAAUCCGUUGAUCUUGAGGUUGGAUGCACAGCUAGAAGCAACAGUCACGGCAUCGGACCAGGUAUCUUCCACACGACAAAAUUUGUUCACCAUCCUAAAUUCUUUCCGUGGCCAAGAUGCGACGUCAGAACUAGAAUUUUUAACUUUUAGCUACAUACGGCAACGAGCAGGAAUUCUCUUGCUCACGAGCUUUCUUAAGUCGGAGGAUACUCCCUUUUCGGAGUCGGAACUCCGAGCCAUGGAAGAAAUCUUAGUAGACAGCCUUCUUGAUCCUCGAGUGGUUCUGUCCCUUGUACCUGGUGUCCGCAAUGAGGUUAUCGAGACGAAACGAGGUAUAUGGAUCUUCGGAGGUGUGAAGUCUACUGCCGAGGAAUUCAUCUCGGGCAGAGACUUCGAUAAGGAAAAUUCGACCAUGGACGCCUUAUCACAGCCAGUCCUGCAUUUCCUGAGGCGUUUCCUGACUGCCUGGCGACGUAAAAAGGGCUUUGGUAGCAUACCAGACGAGAACGAGGUUUUCCGUACCGUCGAUGCGGCCCUACUUGCUGUUCUCCUUGAACUGGAUCAGCACUCAAACCCUGGCCCAGCUAAAGCAAGGUCUGUUCGCGCAGAGUUAUACGAGCUCGUAGAUACAGGGGUCGACUGCUUUAAUAGGGCAGUGACUUUGGUCGAGUCGUAUCAUCGCCUUUAUGUACUCAGUAGGCUUUACCAAAGUCGCAAGAUGGUAGCAGACGUUUUGGCUACAUGGAAACGUAUUAUCGAAGGCGAACGGGACGAUGGGGGAGAAUUGACUGACGGCGAACAGCGCGUGCGUGAGUAUCUCUCCAAAAUCAGCAACCAAGCACUUGUUCAAGAAUAUGGACUUUGGCUUGCGAACCGGAAUCCAAAGCUUGGUGUUCAGAUCUUUGCCGAGGAUAAGGGCCGCGCUCCAAAGUUCGAACCGAGCCAAGUAGUCCAACUUCUCAGGGAAGAGGCCCCGGAUGCAGUAAAAUACUAUUUGGAGUAUCUCGUAUUCGGAAAAGGCCACACCGUAUACGUCAAUGAGUUGAUCAUGUACUAUCUGGACAUUGUAAUCACUCGCCUUCGAACAUCGCCUGAACAUCGUGAGGUGGUGAAGUCCACUUACACGGCGUACCGCGCUUUACACCCCCCGAAACCCACGUACCGCCAGUUCCUAACGGACAACGCCCCUGCCGAUGACGAAGCCUGGCAUAGCCGAUUGCGACUCUUGCAAUUGCUAGGCGGUAGCCACAAUUAUGACUUGGCAGUUAUUAGGGACCGAAUCGCAAGUUUGAAUAAUACAGAUGAAGAUCUUCUCGUGCCUGAAACAAUAAUCCUCGAUGGCCGAGAAAGAAAUCACGAGAACGCAUUGCGUCUAUUAGUUCACCGGCUUGGAGACUACGAUACGGCCGUGUCUUACUGCCUCCGUGGCGGAGCUAGUAUCUAUACCAUCUACCAGGCUCAACAAAACCAACCGCCCCCAAGUCCAGAAAAUCUCAAAGGGCCUAAGCGUCGCGAUAGCAUACCACCAACGCAAGACCAGCAGGCACGGCUCUUCCGCGCCUUGCUUGGUGAAUUCCUUGAACUAGAGGACGUCAGCGACCGCGUGGAGCAAACGGGCUUACUAUUAGAGAAGUUCGGUGGGUGGUUCGAUGUGGGAGAUGUCCUGUCGGUGAUCCCAGAUACCUGGAGCGUGGACCUGGUCGCGGGGUUCUUAGUGAAAGCCCUGAGACGCAUGGUGGUGGAAAAGAACGAGACCUCAAUUGCGAGAUCGCUUAGCUCGGCGCAGAAUCUCCAGACACAGCAUGAUCUAAUCGCGCGAAUCGAGGAGAAGGGACCUAGCAUUGAAACGUAGGAUCACGAUAGUGCACAGAUAUCUAACAAUAUAAAUGACAUUACAACACCCCUUUUUUGGUUUAUAGCCACUGACUAGAUCAUAUCAAUCCAAAAUUGUAUCACGAAUACCGUUCGCCUUGUUUCAUUAUGUAUUCAUAAUCUUAAAUAUCUAACGCAAUGCUAACACACCGAAACCUGGCGGAACCUCGCAAACUCCGGCUAAUGCCACAAAGUCGAACAGGCCCAACGCCAGCGUACCAUUACCGACAUAGAUGAUGCUGACGUGCUUAUUCGGCA